CGCCGCUGAUUAUAGUCACAGAAGAACAGAUACUUCAUCCGGGCGCGCUCUUAAUCUGAGCAAAUGUAAGCUGGUGGCGCUUCGACACAAAUCCCCCCACUGUCCUUCCUUUGAGAGAUAAAGAGAGAAAGAUACUGAUUGCUUUUCCUAUCCAUUUUUACUCAAAGACGCACCUCACAUCAGCAGGAGUCAUUGUUUGUGACUGGGUGUUGCUGCUGACAUGUCGGACUGGCUUUGUUUUAUUUUGGAAUUAGGCUCCACAAAGGAGAAAUCAAGACUUUUUUUUUUAAUAUUUCGCAGGUGCUCUAAGUUCUCCUUUCCAGCAGUUUGAUGUCUGACACAUCCUCGGGCCGGAUGCUUCAAAUCUACAUGAAACUCCAUCAAAAUAGCACUGCCUUGUUAUUUUGUUUCAAACUUAGAAGCAGCUUCUGUUUAAAGUAGAUGUUGCAGGCAAAAAAGAGAGAGAAAAAAGUAAGCAAAGCAGAAUUGAAGAGCCAUUUCAUCAGUCGGGGUGCUGGAAUCUAGGCAACAAUGUUUGCCAGCCGUGGUGCCAGCGGAGGAGGUAAGGGGGGGAAAUACUCAGUGGAGGACCUCUAUGGCAUCAGUAAGAAGCCCAAGGCGUCGACCUCCUCGGGGAGUAUUGUGGCCAAGGCUGGGACCCGGAGCAGCAAGAGCUCGGAACAGAAGACUGAGUCAGAGGCCUUGGCCUCUCAGAUCCUGGAGGCAGCCCACAGACUGGUGGAGCGACGCCGGCUGGAGCUGUACCUGAGAGAAUGUGGCCUCUCCCUGGCCGAGUGCGAGGCUGAGCGCUCUGCAAUGCCGUACAGGAACCUGGGAAAAUCGGGCCUACGUGUUUCCUGUCUCGGGUUAGGCACCUGGGUGACAUUUGGAUCGCAGAUCUCUGAUGAAAUGGCAGAGAACCUGAUGACCGUAGCUUAUGAGAACGGAGUGAACCUGUUUGACACAGCGGAGGUGUACGCCUCUGGAAGGGCGGAAAUUACUCUAGGGAACAUUAUCAAGAAGAAAGGUUGGAGACGUUCAAGUUUUGUCAUUACGACAAAAAUCUACUGGGGAGGCCAGGCAGAAACAGAGAGAGGACUCUCCAGAAAGCACAUUAUUGAAGGUUUACGAGGAUCCCUAUCAAGACUCCAGCUAGAUUAUGUGGACAUCGUUUUUGCCAACAGAAAUGAUGUCAACAGUCCGAUGGAAGAGAUUGUACGGGCCAUGACGUUUGUAAUAAACCAGGGUAUGGCUAUGUACUGGGGAACCUCGCGCUGGAGCGCAAUGGAAAUCAUGGAGGCAUACUCAGUGGCACGCCAGUUCAACCUGAUACCACCUGUGUGCGAGCAGGCAGAGUAUCACUAUUUCCAGAGGGACAAAGUGGAAGUGCAGCUUCCUGAACUCUACCACAAGAUCGGUGUUGGAGCGAUGACCUGGUCUCCGCUCGCUUGUGGUUUAAUCACAGGCAAGUACAGUGAUGGUGUACCGGAGUGCUCCAGAGCAGCAAUGAAGGGGUACCAGUGGCUGAAGGAGCGAGUGAACAGUGAGGAGGGUCGGAGGCAGCUGGCUAAAAUCAAGGAGCUCCAUCUACUGGCAGACAGACUGGGCUGCACUGCUGCACAGUUAGCCAUCGCCUGGUGUCUGCGCAGUGAGGGAGUCAGCUCAGUACUUCUGGGUGUUUCUAAUACAGACCAGCUUCUUGAGAAUCUGGGUGCCCUCCGGAUUUUAUCUCAAAUGACCCCUCAAACCGUUACUGAGAUGGACGCCCUGCUGGGAAACAAGCCACACUCGAAGAAAGAGUCACGCGCUUGAAGAUUCAAAUCUCAGCGACGGACGAUGUUCCGAGAAGAUGAAGAAGACUUUGAUGUUGGGGAAACAUCGCUUUUUGCUCUGCUGUAUACUCAACAACUUGCAUGUCCUCGGCAACAUUUAUGCUUCCAGUAUGUGCGCAUAUCCAUUCUGCGCAGUACAUUAUAUCAUGUAGAAGAAAAAAAAAGGAAAAAAGAAAAAGAGAACUCUCUCAAUUGUGGAAGAAAAAAAACAUAACCGAUCAUAUAUUGCUCACUGUUGAUUGUUCACAGACUAAUUAUUUCCACAUAGAGGAAGGCUAAAGCUGGUCAAUCAAAUGUCAAUCCUAAAAUGAGGAAAGAAAGAAAAAAAAGGCCACCUCUGCCCUAACAUGCAACUUUACUGCGUGAACGGUGCUUUCAUUAGACGUGUGAGUCUCCUCCCCUCACAGCUGCCUGUUAUUCUGUGUGAUGUUUAGUACCCAGCAGCCAGAGAGCUAAAGGUUAGUCCUCAUGUGUCUAACCGAACAUUUCCCGUAGUGUGCAUGUGACUGCUCUGCCACACUCACCGCUUUAUAGGGUUGGGAACAAUGGAUUACUUGUGAAGUAAUAAAAAAACCACAGCAAAUAAGCCACUCUGGUAUUACUUUUUAAAAAAGAUCACAUGAUUUAAAAGGAAAAAUUGGCAAAUGAAUUUCAAGCAUGAAGGUUACAGAGUUAGAACUGAGUCUGGUAGAAAUGUUGAAAUAAUAAUAAUAACUUAUGUGUGCUGUUACGUUGUCAAAUUGGCAAUCAGAAAUCUAAAGCCAGUGACAUUUUGCAAAGUGACUUUUCCCAACCCUGCUGCUUUCUCAGCGGUCCGUUUGCCUCCUCUGUGCGCAUGUCCCUUUAAGACAGAAUAGCCCUAACAGGGUGUAAAUGUGGCAUGGCUUUUUUUUUUUUUACGGCUUAUGUAGAUUUGCAGUGCCCUUGUAAGCCAUUUAUUUAUUUAUUUUUUAAACUCUAAGCGGUCAGAUAGUUUUAUCCGACAUAACCGUCCUGCUGGGCACGCUCGCUUUAAAGGCUCUCAGCAGUCUGCAGACACGGCUUGUGUGUCCAUGUUGCAUAUAAUCUUUGCAUCGUCCUAAACUAUGUCAAAAGAUGCUGACAUCACUUUCAGCGGUGCCGAGUUGCUGAUCUCGAGUCGCAGGUUUGAGACGGCUGGACUGAGUGGAAAGGUUGCUGGGUGUCUGACACAAAGAUUGGGACAUAUUGUGGUGAACGUGUAGUUUUCAAAAAGAUGGGAAAUAAAAACAAUAAGUCUGAGUUUAUCAAAUGUGAUACGAGUCUUACCACAGACCACUUGGGGUAAGAUUUCGAUUAAUGUUAACUUUUCUUUUUGUUUGUGGAAGCCUGAAAACACAGCUUCUCUGCUCAUUUCUCUCUCUGCAUCGCUCCAAAUUCGUUCCCAUUCUCAAACACAUGCACGACAGAUUUUAUACUGUGCACUUUGUCUUUUUCCCUUUAGUUUUGUAAUGACUUCAAUACUUUGUAAUGUGAAGGGGGGUGUCUUUUGUUUUGUUUUUCUCUCUUUUUUUGUGAUUUGCCAUGAAAACUAAUCUCCGAGGUGGAGUUUUUGAUACACGGGAGUUGUUAUUUUAGCAGACACGAGGUUGCAAUAUAUUGUAAAUAGGCUCAUGUGUUUUGACGGUGAUGUAACAAGAGAAAGUUCAAGUCUGUGGUUCAUGAAGGUUUUCUUAAAGGAGCCGCUGAAACGUGGCUCUCUGUGAGUCUGUCAUGAUGUACAGUUCGACUGAGCGUAGCUUCCUGUGUACAUAGGUCCUUCAAUCAAACCCUGAAAAUGUAACUUUGCCUGCCUAACUUAUAUUUUACUGUCUUGCAACAAAGAGAAACCAAAACACAAACAAAAAAUAAUAAUAAUAAGAGAAGAGACAACUGAUUCUGAAUGUAUCAUGUCUGUUGCUCAAACCUACUUAAGGGACAAAGCACAUACCCUGUUCCAUGAAGUCCAGUGGUUUUUGAACCUGCAAACGUGCAAACAUUUACAUUGGGAUUAGCCAACUCAAGCUUCUUGCACCCCCUUCUUUAAGCUGUUAAUAGAAAGUCAGAUGAGAUUUUUGUACUUCCAAAACCCGGAGUAGUCUAAUCACAGGUGUGACGCUAAACCCCCAACUGCUAGCUACUCUUCCACGUUGAUUUUUGGACCACCCUUUAUUUGUGUACAUGUGCGAUGCAAUUUUACGAGUUGCAUAUGAGGCGGCAUAUGGGCCGCGAGCACUAGGAUUAGUCACAACCUUCAUUCUCGCAUAUCAGAGCCCGUAUCAUGUGCUCCCUUGAUGGGUUUUAGCUUCCUUAUGUACACUUCGAUGAUCAACACAAUGUUGAUGGACAUACUUAGAUGACUAAGACACUUAAACCUGUAACUGCUUCGGAUUUUUGUUUUGUUUUGUUCAACAUUUUUAUGCAGAUAGAAAAUAAAGCAGCUUUCAGCUAU